AGCAGUCAGAAAACUAUAAUAAGUGUUACAGACGGUGAAAAAAGCAUAAAUCAGGAAAAUACUAAUACAAGGCAUCAGCUUAACUAAGAAACCAUCCCAACAUCUAACAACUUUUAAACAUAAAUGAAAGACUUGUGAACUGAGACAUAAACAAAAGAGACUUGACACAGGUGCGCCGUAAUGACUGGUGUGAGGCGAGACGUAUCGCCCAAUGCAAAGAAAGUGCGUGUAUCGCAUAGGGAGAUACGAACGUUCACAGAGGAUUGACACCGUCAAAGACAGCGUGGAAGUGUUUAUAUUGCCUUCACUUUGAAGAAGAGAGGCCGACAGGCCAUCAGAGCCUCUAGCAGGAUGGCUGACUCAGAGGGGGCUGAGGGCCCUGAAAGUCCAGUGCAGCCACCCUCCCCAACUGAAGAGAUACAGGAUGCCCCUGAGUCAGAACUGGAAACAAAGACCAACAGCAAAGUUGGCCUGCUGCUGAAGGCAGCUGGAGAUGCACCCAUCAUGAAGCAGAAGUUCUGGAUGGUUGAUCCCAAGAAGCAGGUGACGUGGGUGGUGCAGUUCAUCCGGCGCUACAUCCGGAUGGACCCGUCAGAGUCCCUGUUUGUGUACGUCAGCCAGGCGUUCUCGCCGUCACCCGACCAGACCAUCGGUAACCUGCUGGAGAGCUUCGGCUCGGAGGGCAAGCUCGUGCUGCACUACUGCCGCACGCAGGCAUGGGGCUGAACGGCGCGGCCGGCGCAGGCCCGGGUGGCGCAGGCCCAGGCGGCGCGCGGCUCGCUCCGAGGACUCCGAGUCAGCGGAGAGGCCAGGGUCGGGCCGAGAGUCGUCGGCGCCUACCGUGGGAGCGACGGUGGCAGCGCCGGGGCACGUGCCCGCGGACUCUGAGCGGGUCUGUGGUACCGGCGAUGGGCGGUGGCGGGGUGGCGCGUCAUGCUGUCGUCGGGGUGUGACGCGCUGUGAUGCUCCGUGACGCGGAGUGACACGGAGUGUUAUGCUCCAGGGUGCGCCG